GAUACAUGAAGUACCUUUUCAGUAUAUGGCAUUUCAUAAAUUUUGUAGGCCUAAGUCAAAGAAGAAAGACAAAGACGAACACUUGAAUAGAGGACGAAAUGGGUCAAAAUCAAUCAGGAGGAAAUUCAGGACGGGAUGAUGGAAAGAAGGAUGACAAGGAAAAAAAGAGAAAGUAUGAGCCACCAAUUCCAACAAGAAUCGGGAAAAGAGGAAGGAAAAAUAAGGGUCCAGACACUGCUAAUAAAUUACCCCAAGUAACUCCAAGUAGGAAUUGCAGAUUAAAGCUUCUAAAGUUAGAAAGGAUAAAAGAUUAUCUCCUCAUGGAGGAAGAAUUUAUUCAGAAUCAAGAAAGACUGAAGCCUCAAGAAGAAAAGCAAGAGGAAGAGAGAAGCAAAGUAGAUGACCUCCGUGGAACUCCAAUGUCAGUUGGCAAUUUGGAAGAAGUGAUCAAUGAAAACCAUGCCAUUGUUUCCACAUCAGUUGGCUCAGAGCACUAUGUUAGCAUCCUUUCAUUUGUUGACAAAGAUCUUUUGGAACCAGGAUGCUCAGUCCUACUCAAUCACAAGGUUCAUGCUGUUGUUGGUGUUCUUGGUGAUGACACAGAUCCUAUGGUUUCAGUGAUGAAGCUAGAAAAAGCACCACAAGAGUCUUAUGCUGACAUUGGAGGCCUUGAACAACAGAUUCAGGAAAUAAAGGAAUCAGUUGAACUACCUUUGACUCACCCUGAGUUAUAUGAAGAAAUGGGAAUAAAGCCCCCCAAAGGAGUUAUUCUUUAUGGGGUUCCUGGUACAGGUAAAACAUUGUUAGCAAAGGCUGUAGCCAACCAAACAUCGGCCACAUUUUUAAGAGUUGUUGGCUCAGAAUUGAUUCAAAAAUAUCUUGGUGAUGGGCCUAAACUAGUUAGAGAAUUAUUCAGAGUUGCAGAAGAGCAUGCACCAUCGAUUGUUUUUAUUGACGAAAUUGAUGCUGUUGGAACUAAAAGGUAUGAAUCAAAUUCUGGAGGAGAGAGGGAAAUCCAACGAACUAUGUUAGAACUUCUUAAUCAGCUAGAUGGUUUUGAUUCACGAGGCGAUGUUAAAGUUAUAAUGGCAACAAACAGGAUUGAUUCUCUAGAUCCUGCUCUCAUUCGACCCGGUCGUAUUGACAGAAAAAUAGAGUUUCCACUACCGGAUGAGAAAACGAAACGCAGGAUUUUCCAGAUCCACACCGGACGCAUGACACUAGCUGAUGACGUUGAUCUUGAGGAGUACAUCAUGACCAAAGAGGACCUUUCUGGAGCAGAUGUUAAGGCCAUCUGCACCGAGGCUGGGUUACUUGCCCUUCGUGAACGUCGUAUGAAAGUGACUCAUAGUGAUUUCGGAAAAGCGAAGGAGAAUGUACUUUAUCGCAAGAAUGAAGGAACGCCAGAAGGACUUUACCUUUGAGCAAGAGGAUUUGGAAAAGACAUUACCUAAAAAAUUUCAAUUCUUUCUGUCUUUGACAUAAUUCGUAAACGUAGACAGUCGAAGUUUAAAGUCACCUUGUUGUCAGUAAUCUUAGGAGAGUUAGUCAUAUGACUUUGUUCUAUUCGUUGAA